AUGGAGAACAGUCAGAGCCCAGCAACUACCAUCUUGAGACUACCCGAUGAGUUAUUGGCCCCUCUGCUCCAAGAAUCUGUGCACGUCGAACACGAAACUUGGCGAGACGACGACUCAGAACCUUUCCUGAAAUCCUGCGAUGCUACUACAGCGAGAGCACUGAUCUCAACCUGUCGACGUUUUCACCGUCUUAUCACUCCGCUUCUCUACGCCAACAUUCAGAUUCAGUGCAACGGCGCGCGUCAGGAUGAACAUGAGGCGGCCACCUCUCACCGUACCAGACUUCUCCAUCGCACGUUCCGAACAAACACGUCUUUAUGGCCGCACUGCCGCAGAUUAGAACUUGACUUUGGUGCAUCAGGUUACGCCGGAGAACCAUUUGAUCGAGAAUCGCCAGUCCAAAACCUCAUGUAUAUUGCUAGCGACUGCCUUAAUUGGCUCACCAAUACUCUUGAGCUCCGCAUCAGAGGCUGGCCACAAUCUUUAGUCCACGAUUGCCAAUUUCAAGCUCUCCUGUUGCCCACAAAGGAUGACCUUCUUUAUCUGAUUAGACUUGCGAUAGAGAAUUUGCCCCGUCUAAGACAUUUGAGGCUCCAUACCUUUCGUGAGGCAAUGCUGGAUCUCCCGACUGUUCUUACUGGGAGUAGUGGGCUCAAGCCUGAUAGGUUUCUUCAGACCCUCGACCUAAGUGGUAUCACUCAUGCUGGGACAGAAGAUGACUGGAAAUUACUACGUGCCCAAGCAGGCACCUCGCCGCUCAGUGUAUUGAAGCUGAGACAUUUCACCCAAGGGCUGCAAGCCCUCGAAGCACUUGUAUUGUGGCCAGCCAAACUGACAUCAUUUGAAUUCUCAAUGCCAUUGUCCGACUACUACAGUGGGGAAGACCCCUUAACACCAUAUAACCUUGGGGUAAUGCAGCGAGUCUUAUCACACCAGAAAGAAUUUCUUUCCUAUAUUAGGUUACAAGAGCUUUUAGAUGAGGGUCUCUAUGACUUUGAUGUCACAGACUUCCACAGUUUGAAGACCCUUUCACUGGGACAUGAUACGACAGGGACCGACUCUUCUUCCAUCGCCAAUCUCGUCGCACCCAAUUGUGAGAUCUUCUGCUGGGACAUGAUACUUGAAGAUCAGCAACACGGUGAGGAUCUUGGUUCUUUCUGUCAGCCAGAGGAAGAUUGGCUCAGAGCAUUUGCGCAUGUCGCUAUCGCCCGGAAGUCGACUCUUCGUCAUAUAAAGAUACUCUAUUACCCUGAGCAGUAUGCCUACGUUGAUGAUGAAGCCAUGAAGAGUCUUGAGUAUCCCUGGGAUCGGAUGGAUAGACUCGCGCGUGAGAUUCAGCCUUAUGGGAUUCAUUUGUCCUAUAACGCUCCGGAAAUGAGCAAGCCAAAAUUCGAAGAAAUGGUUAGUGGCCCUUGA